UCUUCAUUCAGCAAAGUUUGGAACAUCGAACCAGUUAAGUUUGCUAUUGUGACUAAAAAUGGUGCGAAAUUUGAAGACUUAGACAUAGAAGGUUUGUUAACAGUCAAAGAAAGUUUUGACAGAAGGUUCUCAAACCUUAAAGAAGGCAAAGCAUACAAACUUGUUAUACCUUAUGAACCAAAGAAGACAGACGACUAUGAAUAUUAUGAGUCUAAAGUUGUAGAAGUUCAAGGUAAAUUGGGUAAAAAGAUUUUAGAGUCUAAGCCAGUGUUUACUCCUAAAGAGGAAGAGAACAUUGACAUUGACCCAGAAAUGUUCUAA